AUGGAAACCUUUUCAGGCUCAUUUGCAGGAGUCACUGAGGAGGCCUUGCUGAAGUCUCUUCUACAACUGCAUGAAUCAAGCUCUGUAGAUAUUAAUAAUUUUUACCUUCCAAACUUGCCAAAGCCUCCCAAUGUUUUUCGAGGAAUCCGUAGGAAAUGUCAUUCACUAAACCGUUGGCUUGUUAUAUGCUCUGAUGAAUUGACUAAGAAUGGUGGAUACCGGACAACUACUAAUCUUCUUCGCAAGUACCUUGGAGAUCUCCUAAUUGCUUCGUAUUGGAAUGUUGUACAGGAAUCCGGUUAUGAUGAUGCAUACGUCAAGGAAAUUGAGAGGGCAGUUCUUCUGAAGACUCUAGACUGUUUCUGGAGGGAUCAUCUCAUAAAUAUGAACAGGCUCAGUUCAGCGGUAAAUGUUAGAAGUUUUGGGCACAGGAAUCCUCUUGAAGAAUACAAAAUUGAUGGGUGUCGAUUUUUUAUUUCAAUGUUGAGUGCAACACGAAGACUAACAGUUGAAACCCUAUUACAGUAUUGGUCAGCCCCUACAGAGUCCCAUGAACUUUUUGUAUCAUAAAUGCAUUUUGGUCAUCAUGUGGAAGGUUUGUAUCAUUCUUCUUCUGUAGAUGUCUACUCCUGUUGAGAUCUAAAUGAUUUAGAAUCUUGUUAAUUCUA